AUGGCCGUACCGGAUGACAACCGUCAUUUGGUAUAUGACUUGACCGUGCAGUGUGAAGAUCUCUUUGAUCAAGUGGUCAGAAAUGCAGCACUUCAGCCAGUUCUCCUGGAAUUCCAAACACGGUUCAGAGCGUGGACUGUCGGUCUGAAGGUAUUCGCCCGGCCAAACCAAUGCCUUGACUGGCGGUUAAGACAGAGGCCUGAUAUCCGUGAUGUCAUUGUCCAAACGUUGACAAUUCUCCAAAGGGAUCUAGUAAAUCUCGGACAAUCAGAUACCGUUGACAGGAAUGCCACGCGUCCCACAGAGGCCGAACCCACCGAGAACCAGUUCAGAACCAAGUCUAUAGAUACUGCAGCUUUAAAGGCAGUCAAUGGAUCACUCGACGAGCUUUAUCGGCUGGAAGCUGGGAUACGAGAUUCCACCUUUGGACGUCUCACUCCCCGAUUCCCAACAUUUGUUGGCGAUCCACAUUUAGAGAGCUUCAUGGGGCUGGCCUUGCUAUGCAUUCGAACCUUGUAUCCAAAUGCUCAUCAACAUCUCCAACGCCACCUGAGCGAGUCUAUGACGGAGCGAUAUGCUGCCAUGAAAAACACUAAGCCUCGCCAGCAGGCAUUCCAGACUCUGCGCGACAAGAACUCGUCCCCUAUGCUGACGAUUGACGAUGAGCAGCAAUGCAGCAAAGCGAGGCCUCCACCAAUACAAGAUGAGAUAGAGGGACAUCGUUCAAUAUCAAAUGAAGACGGAGAACAGAGGGCUCUACAGCGUGGAGUGAAGGCUAUUUCCCUAUCCGACCUAUCGUCCACGAAUACUGGUCAACUUAAAACGAUGCUUUCAGGUUCAUUAAGCCACAGUCAGCCAGAUCAAGCUUGGUCCAUCCAUCUUAGACUAACCGAAUAUCCUUCCCCACCCGAAAGGGAUGGCACUAACAUCGUUGCCUGUGACUGGUGUUCAGAGCCUCUGGAUGAGAAAACCCUGGAUGGAAGAAAUUGGCAGUAA